UUUUUUGAGAGCUUCCGCUGCCUGCGCUGCGGAAACGGUUUAAGUAUCGCUACUGUAUGACAGAAUUGUUCCUCUUAAAAAGUUCUAAAAAAAGUCCGUAACAGCGUAUUAUAUCUAUCUUUUAAGGUUGGCUCACUAUUUUAUGCUAACCAAAUUUGUGCUAAAAUAAAGCAUUAUAAUUAUUGGUGAAGGUGUUUUUAUAAAGAUAAUAUUAACCCCUAUCCAAAUAAAUACGUUAUUCAUUAAAAGUAUUUGACAUUAUAGCAAAAUAAUGAUCAAGCACGUAAUAAUAAUGUACAAGGCGCUGGCCGGCCAAUGCGCGGCGACACACAAUAAGAAGAUCAACAAGAAACACUCAAAUCACUUCAAGAUUGACUUUGAAAAUUGUAGAUUUUUCUGGAUUUCUCCAGGAUCCAUCAUCAGAUCAUAUCCUAAUGAUUAUAGAACCAUUCGGGAAGUCUAACCUUUAGAACCAAAAAAAAAGAAAAAAGAAUUAUCAGAAUUCGUUCAAAUAUUCUCGAGAAAUCGGUGAGCAUACAGAUAAAAAAAUUGUGGUCGAAUUGAUAGCCUCCUCUUUUGAAGUCGGUUAAAAAGCGUGAUUUUGGUACCUUAAAUAGCUCCUUAACAUUCUAUUAUUCAAAAAUAUUUUCACUUUCUACGUAAAUGAAGUCGCGGGUACAAUUUAGCGUUAUCCCAAAGUAACUUCCACGUGAGCGAAGUCGCAGGCAAAAGCUAGUUUUAUUACAAAUAUUUGUAAUUAAAGCUUUUCUGUAAUCAUAAUUUUCUGUAAUAAGCUACCUUAUUCCUCGAAAUAUUUUUUAAUCAAUGAAUUAAAAAAAAAAAAAAAAUUGAAUUAAUAAGAUUACGUUUCUUAUGCGCAAUUCAAACACUAUUUCAGAAAAAUGUAGCCAGGAAUUCCAUGGUACCUACCUAAGUACUUCUACACCUGCGAAAUCGUGUACGAAGUAAAAUAUUCAUUUUUAAUUGCAAGACUUGUUCCUUUCAGUAUACCACUCGGAAGCGCAUUUUACAUUUUGAUCAAUAAAUUAAAAUUAGAAAAUACGGAAUUCUGCCAUAAGUCACAUGCUUACACGCAAAUGCCGCACGCAUCGUAUUUUACAAUAAGUGAAAGAUAAUGUUAAAUAUCUUUCACCGUUUCAUUUAAACUAAAUCAAUUAGUCAGUACCAUGGUAAAAUUUUAACAAAUGUUAUUUGCAAAUAUUACGAUAUACUGAUUUAAUGCUUAGAUGGAUGGACGAGCUCAUGGCUCACCUGGUGUUAAGUAUUUACUAGCCCAUAGACAUAAACAACAUAAAUGAAAUAUUUCAGAAAACCACCCCUCACGUAGCGCACUGUCCGCUUACAAACCGUUUUAAAGCUAUUAGGAUUUUGCAUACUUGGCUGCAUUUAAGUAGCCUUGACUAUCAGCUCCGGUGAGUGCUUUGUACUUUAACCGAAACUGAUCAGGACGGCUUACGUGACAGAACGCAAAAAGUGAGGUUAACUGAUUUUUUUUUUAAUGUUUGUGCUUUUUCAUCUGUUCUAAUUCGGGUACUUCAAAAAUUUUCAUUUCAGUCUCAGUCCUACGAUUCCCACCAUUUCACCAAUAGGGUAUUUCAUUUCUUUUCACUUUAUUUAUUCGAUGGUUAUUUGUUUUAUUUCCAUUACAUUUAAUUUUCCUGCUGAAUCAAAGGACACAUCAUCGGCUACAAUGUGAGAAUUGGCUGUAUGUGUAAUACUCCCUUUGCUUAUCCAAAUCAACAAAACGAAUAACAUCAAUGUCAAUUUGGAACAAAUGCUCCCUUGGCAAUUUAAUUUUAAUUUGGCGUUUAAUUAACAUAUUUACUGAAAGUAUUAAUAGAAUGUUCAAUAUUAAUAUUGAGAAUUAGGAAUGUACUUCCAAGUGUUUACAGGUAGUGCUCUCCGGCAAUUAAAAAUUCCACGGGUCGUGAAUGUUGUUUAAGCCCGUGUAUGGUUCAUGAAUUCAUUCCCUGUAGCUCUUUGAUUGCAAAAUAAACGUUCAUAUUUACAUUUACAACAAGGGAAGUAAAAAUGAAAGAACGAACUAAAGAUUUGGAUUAUUUUGGCAGUGAUCCUGGGGCUGUUAAAUUUGGAAAUUUUAUAAACUACUAUUCAUUUCAUAACGUGGCUGAGAGAAUAAACAAUUUGCACCCAAAUAUGUUUCCCACUUUAACGGAAGAUAUAUAUUGCCUGGACAUUGGUUGCAAUACUGGAGAUCUUACAAGAGAAUUGUAUAAACUAUUAAAAAACCUUUAUCCUCAAUGCAUGUUGCACAUAUUGGCCGUUGACAUUGACUCAGUACUCAUAAAUCGUGCUCAAGAGUCUAACACCGAACGAAACAUUGAAUACACAACCGCAAAUGUCAUGGAAAAAAGUGAUCGUGAUUCAAUCAAUGAAUAUCUCAAGAAAAAUGGUAGAUCAAUGUUUGAUAUCACAUUUUGUUUUUCUGUAUCAAUGUGGAUUCAUUUGAAUAAUGGAGAUAAUGGCUUAAGAGAAUUUUUGGAACACAUUAAAACAAUUUCUAAAUCAAUAAUAAUUGAACCACAACCUUGGAAAUGUUAUAGGCAGGCACAAAAGAGAAUUAAGAAAACUGGAAAUACAUUCCAACUGUAUGACACUCUUAAAAUAAGAAGUCAAGUUGACAUUUUUAUAGAAAGUAUUUUAAAAGAGCAUACACAUAUAAAAGUAUAUGAAUCACAAAAUUCUUCAUGGAACAGAAAAAUACAAAGUUACAAAUUAAAUAUUCAAACAAAUGAAAAAAAGGAAUUGAUAUAAUUUUUUAAUAAAAUCUUACUUAGUCUAACUUAAUUUACAAACUUAGAAAAAAUAUUUACAUAGGUAUCAAUGACAUCAUUACCUUCACUAAAUUACUCAAAUUUGCCUCUUUAAGUGACAAUUUCCUCUGUGCUCGGCUCAAACUCUAACUUGACAUCACCACCCAGGCUUUCAACUUCCAUUUCUGGUUCAGGAGCAUUCAGCAUAUUGAGAGUAACCUGUAAAUCGACAAUAGUACUAAUAAAUAUUUUUGCAUAAUCAUGGACAAUGAAGUUAAUGUAUAAGUUUUACAAAAUACUAUCAUUUAUAAAUUGUUAAAUUAUUAAAAGUUAAGUUACCAAUAGAA